AUGACCUUCGCCCUCCCCAUCGUCUCGCCCCCCAUCUUCCACCACGUCAAGUACCUGGAGCGCCGCGAGGUCGUGCUCGCGCUCAAGCGCGGCGCGUGGGUUACCCCGCGCCGCGAGGUCGUCGAGAUCCGCGAUGCCGUGAAGGGCAGCCUGCUGUUCACGUUCCGGAACGAUCGCUCCAGCCCAUGCCUUUACAACUCGUACGGCGGGCUUGUCUUCUUCUUCCCCAAGCGGAUGCGUGACGGCGCGAUCGAGAUCAACGCUCACGACUCGACCCGGCGCGCCGACCUGCGCGUCAGCACCACUGACAACAACCGCAACCUCACCGCGAUCGUGACACUCCCCGGCCGUGCCGAGGCUCGCGUCUCCCUCGCCGGUGGCAUGUUCGGCCCGAACGGCGACGGCAAUGCCCUCAUGCUGGCGGGUGAUGUGCCCGUCGUGGCUGUGUCUACGUCGUGCGAGAAGAACGUGUCGCCCGUUGUGAUCGUCGACAAGGACACGUACUUUGUCGCCAUCGCACCCGGUUUCGACAUCUCGCUCGCGGUCGCGGCGUGCCUCAUCUUUGAGGAGCUGGGUCGCUGCUAG